GGAAGUUUCCGCCAUGAAGGUGGCUCAACAUGGCGGCGGCAAAUGGUGGUGGUUUGGACCGUGGCGAGAGGUUGCAUGCAGCAUGGAGCAGUCAAGUGGCUGUGAAGUGCGGAGCGAUACCGCGCCUGAUCACGACGUGUGUGACGACUACUCUGCUGUCUCAUGACUACGAAGUGUCUUCGAGCGAUGAGGGCCACGGAAGAGGGACGUCGAACUCGUCGUCGGUGCGGGUCCAGGUGGACACUGUGUCGACGCGAGUUCGACCAGCUGGAGAAGGCGCAAGAACCAUGUGCUGGCGCUCCACCGCUGGACCGCCUGCGAAAUGCCGGUGGAAGGGGAUGUGAAUGGAGAAGGGAUCGGCCCUAGGCAUCCCUUGGACGUGGAAAGUUGAUACAUAUACUACUACCUACGACCGUCG